AUAAUAAUGUAACGAUGUUUCUGACGGUGACUUUGGCAUAUCUAUGUACUUUUAAAAAUUUUAUUUAGGUUUUAUUGACGCGCUUUACAAAACUCUUUAUAUUUGUUCUACAAGAUGCCGAAAGCAACAUGGCUUACGCCAACCGCCAGCUUGAAAAAUAGAGAGGAAGUCUGGAGCCGAAUUGAAAAUAAUGGAUGGAAAACGAUUGAAAUGAGUUUGGAUCCGCAGAUAACGUACUUCAACAAUCACCAAAAACACUCACGAAUGUUGGAAUAUGAUCAUUAUUUUGCAUUCACAAAAACGUUUCCCAUAUGGGAUCCUAAAAAACCGAAGGAUAAUACCAGAUACUUGCCGAAUAUUCGAGAAAAUAUAUUUCAGCAGGAAAAAAAUAAGCCAGUGCCUGCGCUUACAUCACUAACCUAUGGACGUCCUACACUUUCAACCUAUGACGAAGUGGAAACAGCUUUCAAGCGAUCAUGUGCAACCGCUGACUUUUACAGGAAAAAGGGUGUUUUGCAGGUUGAAGCUAAAGAGGAAAAACAAGAGAAUCCAUGAUUGGAAUAAGCCAAUCAGUUUACAAUUUCCAAGAAAUUUUCCAGUUUAAUUGAUUGAAACGAAAUUAUUUGAGAGUUAAAUCUUGAUUCUAACAAUUUAUUACCGAAAAAAUGUGCAAUCAGUUACUUGAACUACUUACUGAAUAAGUAGAUUUUAUGUAAUUUCAGGCAAUAUUAUUAUUGAUGUUCAAUAUAAAAUAUUUUAAGACAGUAAA